AUGAGCUCAACAACACCACAGUGGACUCCCGACUCGUGGAGGUCAAAACCCGUCAAGCAAUGCCCCCAGUACCCCGACCAAAAGGCCCUUCAGAAGUCUCUGGCUGAGCUCAAGAAGUUGCCCCCCAUCGUCCACCCGAGGGAGAUUGUCAAGCUCAAGGAGCACCUUAGGGAUGUGGCCCAGGGCAAGGCGUUCUUGCUGCAGGGUGGUGACUGUGCUGAGCUGUUUGACUACUGCCAGCAGGAUGUUAUUGAGAGCAAGAUCAAGCUGCUUUUGCAGAUGAGUCUUGUGCUGAUUUGGGGUGCUGACAAGAGGGUUGUGCGGAUUGGGCGUAUGGCUGGGCAGUAUGCGAAGCCGCGGUCGAGUCCGAUGGAGAUGGUUGAUGGGAGGGAGGUUCCUUCGUUCAGGGGUGAUAUCCUGAAUGGGUUCAGUGUUGAUGAGAGAGAGCUGGACCCUAACCGCUUGGUCAAGGCUUACCACCACUCGGCUGCCACGCUGAACUACAUUCGUGCUGCCAUCUCUUCUGGCAUUGCGGACCUGCAUCGCCCUCUGGACUGGGGUCUCGGCCACGUCCGUGAUCCCGCACUGAAGGCCAAGUACCAAGAAGCUGUCGACUUCCUUACGGACAUGCUCCGCUUCAUGCAGACUAUCGGUGCCGACAAGUCCCACAAUCUCGAUACCGUCGAUCUCUUCACCUCCCACGAAGGUCUGUUGCUGGAAUACGAGCAAUCCCUCACCCGUCUCCUCGACACCCCUUCCGCUCCCGGCACCCCCAGCAAAAAGGAGUACUACGACACAUCAGCCCACUUCCUCUGGAUCGGCGACCGCACCCGCCAGCUCGACCACGCCCACGUCGAGUUCUUCCGCGGCAUCGCCAACCCCCUCGGCGUCAAAAUCGGACCUACCACCCCCGCCUCCGACCUGCUGGACAUGCUCCGCACCCUCAACCCGGACCGCGAGCCAGGCAAGAUCACGCUCAUCACCCGCUACGGCGCCUCCAAGGUCGCCGACCUGCUCCCCGCGCACAUCCGCGCGGUGGAGGACUCGGAGUACAAGCAGACGGUUGUCUGGCAGUGCGACCCCAUGCACGGCAACACGCAGUCUGUCAGCGGGGGGAUCAAGACGAGGAGGUUCAGCAACAUCUUUAGCGAGCUGCAGCAGACGUUGAGGAUUCACAAGGAGCAGGGGAGUUAUCUGGGGGGUGUUCACCUGGAGCUUACGGGGGAUGCGGUGACGGAGUGUUUGGGGGGUAGUGAGGGGCUGGAUGAGGAUGACUUGUCGACGAAUUACACGAGCUUUUGCGAUCCGAGGUUGAAUGAGAAGCAGGCGUUGGAGUUGGCGUUUUUGGUGGCGGAUCAUUAUAGGUGUGAGAGGAAGGAGAAGAGGGCGUAA